GUAAAAUACUGAAAAAUGAUGACUCUGCCAAAACAAAUUAUUUUGUUGCUGUCGUUGUUUGGCACAACAAUCAAAAUGGCGCGAAGACUGGCUGCCUGUCUGUUGAACGUUUCGGAGGGACGAAACCAGAAAGUUGUUAGAGAUAUAGCAGAGGCUGCUGUAAGAAAUCAAGCUGACUGGGUGCCAGACGCAACGUUAAUCAGAGAUAGUGAUUCAAAUAAUUUAGGUCACGAUUUGCACGCCGUUGAUAGCGAUAACUCUCGUUUUAAGUGCAAAGCAACAGUUCUAAAUAUUUUCUUAGACGUCGAAUACAAUCGAUCAGUCAUAACAUUGGCAGCUCCAGUUGAAUUCUUAGGAAACUGCAUAUUCCAAGCUUGUAAACAGGCCUUCAAAGCUAUUGAUUUGACAAGGCAUGAAGGGGGGCAUCCACGUUUAGGCGCAGUUGAUCUAAUUCCAAUUCAUCCGUUGUCAAAAACUGUCUCUUUAGAAGAUUGUGGCUGUGUAGCUAGAAAGUUAGGAAAGAGAAUUGUGGAGGAUAUCCCAAACACUUCUAUAUUUUACUUUGGUGAGGCUGACUUACCUGAAAAGAGAGGCCUUGUAAAAAGACGCAAGGAGAUGGAUUGGUAUUUGGGGGGAAAUGCUGUCACAGAGCAGUUAAAGAUCUCUUGGGAUGUUGGAAACAAUCCUAAUAGACAGUGCGGUAUUACUGGAAUCGGUGCCAUCCCUUAUAUGACAAAUUUCAAUAUUACUAUAGACACAACUAAUUUGAAGAUUGGAAAUUUGAUUGCUAAAGCAAUCAGGGGCUCAUCACCAGGGGGCUUGUUUGGUGUCCAGUCAAUGGCAUUUUCUCAUGAAAGCAAGAUUGAGAUUGCUUGCAAUGUUGAUUCAUUGGACUUACAGAAAGUGGAUUCCUACACUGGACCAAAAUAUGCCUCAUUUGAUGAAAUUGAAACAAGAAUCAAAGGUUUAUGUGAUGAGUUCAGGAUAAAAGUUUUUGGAUCCGUUGUGAUUGGUUUUACACCUGAGGAAGCUUACGAAAGGACUUUGCAGAACUUGUCAGAUGGGAGAAGUCUUGAUAUUGAAAACUUUGAUAACAAAAGGAUGUAGAUCAUCAAUCCUGGUCAGGUCUGGUGUUCCCAGAAUUAUUUAAAGCAGAGACUAGGAAAUCUAGAAAGAAGCCAGUUAACUUAAUUGCUGUUAUGGAUAACAGAAAUGCAACUUGAUUUCGUGACAGAGGCUGGUGUUCCCAGAACCUCAAAAUUUGUUUUGAAACAGAGGCUAGGCAAUGUUGUGCAAUUACAUAAAGCUUCGACUGUUUGGAAAUCUGGAAAGUAGCAAUUUAAGUUCAAUACUGGCAUGGUAAACAGAAAUGCAACUGGAUAUUGUGUACUUAAGAAUAUUAGAACAGUGAUGGGAAUCUGCAGAAAAGGUAAAAAGUGCAAUUUUCUAUGACAGCCUAUGCCUGACCUCUCUUGCUACUGCAGAUUAAAAAGAACAGUGUUUUCCGUAAAGAUCAAAGUUUUAAUGUGUUAUUUUUAUUGUGAAAUUUUUCCUAUCACGAAGUUCAUUCACUUACUUGUGAAAAAUCCGCAGUGCUGAUAAAUUCAAAUUCAAACAAAAUUAUUAGUGACGUCAUAAGUCAAUUUAUUUACACUGAAUAUGGAAAAACUUCUAGGAUUUUCUUCAAGUUUUGUACAAGACCUAUCUAUUUUCCAAAAACAUGUAUUAAAAGAGAUUUGGAAGAAGCACAAUAUUUUCUUUCGCUUGACAUCUUCAGCGCCUGUAUACGUUAAAACAGACGUGCUUCUUGCAGAAAGAAAAGUAGCCGAGUAUUUGGGCGGGUUUUGUUAAUCUGCCGUUUAUUUUUGUAGAUUUCAUUUAUAUAAACAUGGCCAAUUUACAAUUAUCCUCACACAGAACACGAGGAAGGGUUUAUUCUGAUGUUAUUGGAAACACAAAUAUUUUGUUCUGUGAAAAUUAGCGAGGAGAGCUUUUGAUAACCUGAAUUGGAAAAUUAACACUUGCCAAUCCACUCAUAACUUUUUUUUCUGAUUUGGGAUUACCUGUCAACGAAAAAGCCUGUACUAUAACGCUACAAUUUGAUUGGUAUCAAAGCAGGAACAAUGUUUCCAAUUCCUUAAUUCGGAAUCAUUUUCAAGGCCAUUCCGUUGAUAAGAAGACAUCCUGCAGCUUUAUUCAUUACACAAAGGUUGUAACCUGCGUUGUUUGGAAUUAUGUGUCGUUUCUUCUUCUCAUGUGUAUAACCUCACAUCGAAAAAAUGAAAACAGCCUUUCUGUAUAUGCUUUGAUUUUCAACUGCGGAGAAAAAUAUUGCGCUUAAGCCGAAUCUUUCUGGCUCAUACAUCCCUCUUCUCUCAUCACAAGCCUCUGUUUUACCGAUCACACCCUAUCAGCGUAACCUAUACAGUUAAUAUUGAUUUAUUUACAGUAGGCUGCUAGAAAGUAGCUUAUUUACUUCUAAUUUAAGCCUUCCAUAAAAGUAAAGGUGACAACAUAUGCAAGUAAAGUUAAUUCAUUAAGUAGAUCUAUUAAGUAUAUUAGCUGCAACAAUAUAUAUCUACAUACUUUUACAGUUUUUACAGCUUUUCUUAUGAUUUUUCAUCAACGAAGCUAGCUUUUGCAACAUAUUUCUUAAACGAUAAUUUAAUUCAUAAUCUGCCUCCAACAAAAUAGAUCAUCUCUAAACCUUAUGUGACUGUCUCCUUUCUCUUCGAUCAACAUCGGCAUUCUUAAAUUUACCCUAUUUUGAAGUUCUUAUGUUUGAUGUAGCUUAUGAGACUUCGAGGAAGAUCAUGAUGCGCCGAAAAUAUUUGUGAAGAGGGCUCAAGUAAAAAUCUGCAUGCAUUCAUGAAAAUCUGAAAAACUACUCUCAAUUUUAGUUGUUCUAAUAAAGAGGAAAUCUGAUUGACAUUUUUCGUGAAAGAGUAACAGUUUUGGAGUUCAAGCUUGAUAGCUGCUAGUCCAGUCUUCUCCUACGAUAAGUUUCAUGCUUACGAACGCACACCCAUAGUACUGUAUUUUGGUCUUACAACGCGUUGUUGGGAAUCGAAGAUCAUUUAUUUCUAGAACGUGGCUUUUCUAGAUUGAUGAUGACCCUAUCGAAGGCUGUGCAAGCAGUCGUUUAUAGUAACCAAAGGUGCGAUUUUUGUUCAGUGUGUUCU